AAAUCACCCAAAUGAGUUUCUUUGUUGGUAUAUAAAAGUAAUUUAUUUAAGCAAAAUGAAUUUCGUUGAAUAGCCCAAUUUUUUUCUGCCAUGCCUGCAGCAUCUUUAUCUGAAUUGCCCAGCCGGUUUUCCUGGUCAAGCGCUUCGUCUCUUUCGACACAAGAUGAAUCUUUAGAUAUCAGUACGUUGAGCUUUAAUGAAUUUGAAUCAUCUAUACAAAAAAUCCUGGGACAUACGUUGCAAACAACAGUGCCUUCAUCCACUUCGGUACCUUCAUGCGAUCUGAGUAUUUCCUCAAGCAGUUUAAGUGAUCGGUUUAGCUUUGAUAGCUCUAGCACCAAUACAAAAUUAAGCAUUCGAAGUCCUGAUCAGUUGAGUGAUGGUUCAUCAACUUGUCCAACAUUUUCAGUAUCGCCGGAUUCUCUGUCUCACAAGACCAAUUCUAAAUGCGUAAAGAGAACAAAACAAAAAAGAAAAGACGAAAGAAUCAGAAUGUCAUCUUUUAACAUGAAUUCCUUCAACUCCAAUGUUUCCUUCCUUUGGUUUCAUCCAAGAGUGCAGUUUUUUCUUCGUCAUUUCGCCGUCCUUGGCCGUCCUUCUACCGCGUCCUAUUCUUCUUCUUCGUCUUCUUCUUCAGUAUAUGAAAAUUGGAACACCUGCACCAUUUACUAAAUCGAACACCCCAAAGAAGCUACCGAGUCCAACAUCCUUUAGAUUCAUUCCUUUGUGUUUCCGUUAUGCAUCAUUCAUUCAUGUUUCUCUUUACGUUCUCAUUUUUCAUACGCUCUAAUUGCCAUAUAAUUUUCGUUUGAGUAGCCUGUUUCCUCCCUUGACUCUUCUUUAUGUAAAUAGUAAUGUUUAUUUUUCUCUGUUAAUUAAAUCUGCAUUAAAGUGAAGUUUAGAGAAGUUAUGAAUAGUAAAGUCGUCGUAAUUCUAAAAAAAAAUAAAAAGAGGUUUCUAC